AUGUGGACUGGAUAUAAGAUCUUAAUCUUUUCCUAUCUUACUACAGAAAUUUGGAUGGAGAAACAGUAUUUUUCUCAAAGAGAAGUGAACCCAGGACUUGCUUUCACUAGGAAUCACACAGUUUGGGAAGGUCCUCGAUUCAAGAGAGCCAUUUUCAAAGGGCAAUACUGUAGACGUUUUGGUUGUUGUGAAGACAGAGAUGAUGACUGUGCCACUCACUUCUAUGAGGCAAAUGCAUUAUGUUACUGCGAUAAAUUCUGUGAAAGGGAAAAUUCUGAUUGCUGUCCUGAUUAUAAGUCAUUUUGCCGUGAAGAGAAAGAAUGGCCUCCUCACACAAAGCCUUGGGAUCCAGAAGGUUGCCUCAGAGAUGGUCAACCUUAUGAAGAAGGAUCAGUAAUUAAAGAAAACUGCAACUCCUGCACAUGCUCAGGACAGCAAUGGAAAUGUUCCCAGCUUGUCUGCCUUGUUCAACCAGAAAUAAUUGAACGUGUCAAUAAAGGAGACUAUGGAUGGACAGCCCAGAACUAUAGCCAAUUCUGGGGAAUGACUCUGGAAGAAGGUUUCAAGUACCGUCUUGGCACCCUGCCACCUAGCCCCAUGCUUCUCAGUAUGAAUGAAAUGACAGCUUCUUUACCUGAAACAACUGAUCUUCCAGAGUUUUUUAUUGCUUCUUAUAAAUGGCCUGGAUGGACUCAUGGCCCAUUGGAUCAAAAAAAUUGUGCUGCAUCAUGGGCAUUUUCUACUGCAAGUGUGGCAGCUGACCGGAUAGCAAUUCAGUCCAAAGGUCGAUACACAGCCAAUCUAUCCCCUCAAAAUUUGAUCUCCUGCUGUGCCAAGAACCAACAUGGAUGCAAUAGUGGAAGCAUCGAUAGGGCUUGGUGGUUCCUGAGAAAACGUGGACUGGUAUCCCAUGCAUGCUACCCACUUUUCAAGGACCAAAAUGCUACCAAUUAUGGCUGCGCCAUGGCAAGUAGAUCUGAUGGGCGGGGAAAACGGCAUGCCACAAAGCCAUGUCCCAACAACAUCGAGAAAUCGAACAGGAUCUACCAAUGUUCUCCUCCAUACAGAGUCUCCUCCAACGAAACUGAGAUCAUGAAAGAAAUCAUGCAAAAUGGACCAGUACAAGCCAUAAUGCAAGUCCAUGAGGAUUUCUUCCAUUAUAAGACAGGGAUAUAUAGACAUGUGACCAGAACAAAUGAAGAGUCAAGCGAAUAUCAAAAGCUCCAGACACAUGCUAUCAAACUCAGUGGAUGGGGAAUACUGAAAGGAGCACAAGGGCAGAAAGAAAAAUUCUGGAUUGCUGCCAAUUCCUGGGGAAAGUCAUGGGGAGAGAAUGGCUAUUUCAGGAUUCUUCGAGGAGUAAAUGAAUCUGACAUUGAAAAGUUGAUUAUUGCAGCUUGGGGCCAUCUGACAAGUUCAGAUGAGCCAUAACAUAUCAUUAAAUUUUCAUAAGGCCAUACAUUUAAGUAACCCCGUAAAUUGAAAUUAAGCAAUGUGAGGUUCUCUGUGACAGUGGAAUCUUUGUCUCUUCACCUUGUUAUUAUAAUGUGCCUGUUUUCCUGUUUCACCCCAGGCUCCAUGCUUCUGCUUCCUUUAUAUCACUGGACAUAUAAAAACACUAAUAGAGGACAGCAGAGUAGCUAAAUGCCUUUAAAAUUUUCUGGUUGUCUUUCUUUUUCUCUCAUAAUAAUGUCCUUUUUGACUUUGAUAGUUCACAAAAGUGUGACAGUACUUGUCAUAAAAGUUCAUGGCAUUCCUUUGUAGAAAUGUAGUAGUUUCUGUCUUUAACCAAUGAGGAUUUCAGACAAAAAACAAAAACAAGCAACAACAACAACAAAAAAAAC